AUGAUAGAUAAGCUUUUAAAUGAAUAAUUUGAAACAAAUGACUUCACAUUUCAUUAACAAAAAAAAGAUAUUGUUAGAAUUGAAUAUGCAACUAAUUGUAUACCAUGCAAUUCAGCUUGUCAUUAUCCAUGUGGAAUUCCAGAAUCGAAUGAUAGAAAGUAUUGUUUGGCUAUGAAAGAUGGAAAAUGCACAAUUUGA